AUGGCCAAGGCUAAAGAGAAGAAAGAGAUGAACGCCCAUCCCUUCCUUUUCGAGGACUCUUUCCAGGUCAAGAACGUGGAUGACUCGCGCUUCGAGCGUGCUGGGCGGAUGGACUGCGAGUCUGUUUCGUACACAACGAACAACCUUGAAAUUGACAUCAACCAUGUCAUCUACCCAGUUCAGGGUGGCGAUCAGAUCUACGUGGCGAUAACUCGCAACGUGAGCCCUGCAGAUGACCCCAGGAAGCUGAAUACGGCAUACGACCACGAUCCCCGGCUGCUGGGACGGUCAGUGAUGGACCACUUUGAUUACGUCAUGUACGGCAAGGUCUACAAGAAGGAAGUCAAGAAGGAAGAAAACCUCGCAACCGUGUGGGCAUCAUACGGUGGCCUUCUGAUGAAGCUUCGUGCAGAAGCGGCUCAGCUAGCGGACUUCCAUCUAAACGACAGCAUCUACUUCAUGAUGCGCAAGGUUGCAUCGGAAGACAUGGAUGAGUCGUAG